GCGGGAGGCGAGGCGCCUGCGCGAUGUCCGGGCCCCUGAGCCCGCGGCGCUGAGCCAGCCGGGACGGACAUGCGCGGCAGGGCGCCGUGGGGCAGCCGCGCUCCGCCGGGGGAAUGAAAGCUACUGGUUGACUAAGAAUCCUUGGGCUUCAUAUAUUUGGAGUCAUCCCAGAAUAAGGCACGAUGUCAACUGCAGGAGUUGCUGCUCAGGAGAUUAGAUCCCCAUUAAAAACUGGAUUUCUACAUAAUGGCCAGGCCAUGGGAACUAUGAAGACCUGCUGGGGCAGUCCCAAUGAGUUUGAAAAUAAUUUUUUAAAUAUUGAUCCAAUAACCAUGGCCUACAGUCUGAAUUCUACUGCUCCGGAGCACCUAACAUCUAUUGGGCACACGUCAAAAUCUGCUCCGGUGAAUGGGCACUGCUUUGCAGAAAAUGGUCCAUCUCCAAAGUCCAGCUGGCCUCCUCUCAUUAUUCCCCCAAGCGAAAACUUGGGACAGCACGAAGAGGACCAAGUUGUAUGUGGUUUCAAGAAGCUCUCAGUGAAUGGGGUGUGUGCUUCUACUCCUCCGCUUACACCCAUAAAGAACUUCCCUUCCCUGUUCCCCUGUGGAGCUCUUUGUGAACGGGGCUCAAGGCCCCUUCCACCACUGCCAAUUUCUGAAGACUUCUCCCAGGAUGAGACAGACUGUGAGGUAGAAUCCCUGACUAGCUCCGAUAAAGAGUUCCUUUUAGGAAACUGUACACUUUCCAACUUCAAAUAUGGUGUUCCGGGCAGGCGAAGCUUCCGGGGGUGUGGACAGAUCAAUUAUGCCUAUUUUGAUACCCCAACUGUUUCAGCAGCUGAAGAUCUCAACCAUACACCUGACCAAAAUGAAUGUAUCCAAAAUGCAAAUCCUCCUCCAUCUCAGAGCCACCGAAGACUAAGAAGAUCUCAUUCCGGACCAGCUGGAUCUUUUAACAAGCCAGCCAUACGGAUAUCCAGUUACUUCCACAGAGCUUCUCCUAACUCUGACGAAGACAAACCUGAGGUUCCCCCCAGGGUUCCCAUACCUCCUCGGCCAGUAAAGCCAGAUUACAGAAGGUGGUCAGCAGAAGUUACUUCUAGUACCUACAGUGAUGAAGACAGGCCUCCCAAAGUACCACCAAGAGAACCUUUAUCACGGAGUAACUCACGCACACCAAGUCCUAAAAGUCUUCCGUCUUACCUCAAUGGGGUCAUGCCCCCUACACAGAGCUUUGCCCCUGACCCCAAGUAUGUCAGUAGCAAAGCUCUACAAAGACAGAACAGUGAAGGAUCUGCCAAUAAGGUUCCUUGCAUUCUGCCCAUUAUCGAAAAUGGGAAGAAGGUUAGUUCAACACAUUAUUACCUACUACCUGAGAGACCACCAUACCUGGACAAAUAUGAAAAAUUUUUUAGGGAAGCAGAAGAAACAAAUGCAGGCACCCAAAUCCAUGGUGCGCCCUUCCCUGCUGACUGCAGUAUCGUUUCGGCCACAGAAAAGCUGGACUCAAAACCAAAAAUGGACACAGGUGGCCACGUGAAGCGCAAACAUUUAUCCUAUGUGGUUUCUCCUUAG